AUGCCUGAGGAGAUCCAAGAAGAUACCCUGGCGCCCACACUGAGCCCAAGGAGCAGGGCAUCACUGGCCCCCAACCACUUGCAGGAGGUGCACCUGUACCAGGUGGAGUCCAUCAGUGACCUACACAGCGGAGGCUUACUGCACCCCUACCUAACCGAGGAGGCUCGGCCAUGGGACGAACUUCUGGGGGUCUUGCCACCAUCCUUAUGUGCCCCGGCCGGUUGUGGCCCAGUGCAUGGCCGUGGGGGAUUCCUGCUGCUGCUCACAUUGCUGGUGCUCACCUGUCUGGCACUUGCUAUCCUGGCCGUCUACCUGAGUGUGCUACAGAGUGAAUCCCUGCGUGUUCUGGCACACACCCUGCGGACGCAAGAGGAGACACUACUGAAACUCCGGCUUGCCAGUCUUAGUCAGCUGCGGAGGCUCAAUCUGAGUGAAGCUGGAGCACCCAGUUGA